AUGUCAGCUCCAUUACUGAUGCACCCUGCUGAGUCUGCCACCGCCGACAACACCAAGCCAAGGCUAGCUUGUCCCUUCUUCCGUUAUGAUCCAUGUCGCCAUUACGCGUGCGCCAGUUACGAGCUGAAGGGCUUCGAGGCGGUCAAGAAGCACCUCGAGAGGAAACACAUCCUGAAGAAUCACUGCGCCCGUUGCUUCAGGUCGUUUGAAAGUGAGGAUGCAAGAAACAACCACAUCGUGAGCGAGCGCUGUUCAAUCGCGCUUGGCCGCGACGAAAUAACAUACGACGAAUGGACCACAGCGCGGCGGUGCCCUAGAACGAAGUCCUGUGAAGUGAAGUGGAAGUGGUUGUGGACGACAUUCUUCAAGCUCCCAGCACUGCCUCGAGAGCUUAUCUAUUUUCAAGAUGCUGUCGUGGAGGCCAAAAACGUUUUGAUCGACCCUGUUACCAUACAGUCAGUUCUCAAGGCGCGACUGCACCUUGAUCAACAGGAAAUUUCAUCAGUAGCCGACGAGGUCCGCGAAGCCUUGCUCCGUAAAAAUUCCGGUGCAAGACCUUAUCGCGUCUGCGACAGCGAGGGUGGCGGUGACAAUGGGAUACCGGCUAACUUGAAAGCCUCGGGGUAUGGGUCUAUGGGUGUAGGGGCCGCAGAAAUGGAAGCAGAGGCCGUUGCUUUUGCCCUUCCACCAGCGCGACACGCAUUGCUUCCAGAAGAACCAUGUCUCCCAAUCAUCGGAGAAUCUUCUCCUCACCCUGCCGCUGUGGUCAGUCCUGUCACCCCUCUGCCAACCAGCUUUAGCCUCGGACCGAUAUCGGUACCUCAACAACCAGCGUCCACCAGCGGCGAGGGCCCUGAAACAAACACCUUCGGCGCUUGGCGAACCGUGUGUUUGGUCCCUUGGGCGACCGCGGAUGGGAUCUUGGCAAGGUUGAUGGAAGACCCGAUUUCAUGGUUUAAACCGAAUGGUCCCAAGUGGAGUGACGUUUACGACCACAUCGACCGAGAUGCUCUGAGGAAGUUCUGGGCCCUUGGAAACACACCGGCAGUACAGGUUUCGAUACCGAUCCGGUCCACCCAUGUCCAAAGCCUGGCCGCAAUAGAAUCCGAGCUGUUCGAUUUCGAGGUCGCAGGCAUCCGGCCUUCAUCGUCCACGGGUUACAUUCCAGGGCUCUGA